AAUCUUCCCGUCAUGCGUUACUCUAAGCAAGUUGGUGAUAUACUGUGUUUUUUGGCGCGUUCUUCUCGUUAAAAACAGCAGUGAAAUCACAUUAAAAGAGUGGUUUAGCCACGUUUGAGACAUGUUUGUCGCUCGCAGUAUUUCUGCAGAACACAAGGACCUGAUCCACGAUGUCUCGUACGAUUUCCACGGCCGGAGGAUGGCCACUUGCUCAAGCGACCAGACCAUAAAGGUUUGGGACCUCACAGACGAUGGAGAAUGGCAAUGCACAGCAAGCUGGAAGACCCACAGUGGCUCAGUGUGGAAGGUGACGUGGGCACAUCCUGAGUUUGGGCAGGUCCUGGCCUCCUGUUCCUUUGACCGCACAGCUGCCGUGUGGGAGGAAGUUGUUGGGGAAUCACUGGCAUCCACACAAAGAGGACAGAGUCAUUGGGUAAAGAGAGCCAACUUGGUGGACAGUAGAACAUCAGUGACUGAUGUCAAGUUUGGUCCUAAACACAUGGGACUGCAGCUGGCCACCUGUUCUGCUGAUGGAGUAGUGAGGAUCUAUGAAGCUCCAGAUGUGAUGAACCUGAGUCAGUGGUCCCUACAGCAUGAGAUCAACACCAAACUGAGCUGCAGUUGUCUGUCAUGGAACCCUUCAAGACUUCACCUCCCCAUGUUGGCAGUUGGCAGUGAUGACACCAACCCUUCAGCUGGUGGAAAGGUUCAGAUAUACGAGUACAACGAUAACAUCAGGAAGUGGCAGAAAGUGGAAACAUUGAUGGCCAUAACCGAUGCAGUUCACCACAUUUCCUUUGCGCCCAACCUGGGCCGAUCGUACCACCUCCUGGCCAUCGCUACCAAGGAUGUCCGCAUUAUCACACUUAGGUGUCUCAGGAAGGAGCCCAAUGCUGGUGCAAACCCAGGUGGAAUGAGCAAGUUUGAAAUCAGACAGGCUGCACAGUUUGAUGAGCACAGCUCUCAGGUGUGGCGUGUGAGCUGGAAUAUCACAGGAACAGUCCUGGCAUCAUCAGGAGACGAUGGCUGUGUGCGCCUGUGGAAAGCCAACUACCUGGACAACUGGAAGUGCAUCUCUGUACUGCGUGGUGACGGCUCUGUCACUAAUGCCGGCGGCAGUUCCACUGGAGGGAACCAACUAGGUCUGACCAACACCGGGGGGAACUUUGGAGGGAGCAGAGGCUUUAAACAAGGGGGGUCAGGACAGAGCAGCAUGUGGUAUUAGGCUAUUAGCUUACUGGGAUGGGAGAGAAAGAUUUGAUACUAUUGUAAUCUAGUAAUUGUAACCGACUAUUUGUAAAGGAAAAGACACCUGGACUUGGACAAGUUUGUUAGUGAGUCAUUGUCAGAUCUUGGAGCAUUCUAGAAUUUCUUUUCCUGAAUCCUGUUGUCAAAAGUCUAAGAGAUACAAGAUACUGGAGGAUAGGUAUACAGUACCUUAACUAGUAUAUACUGAGUUUUGUAUUUCUGUAUCAUACAUGUAGCUACUGAUGUAUGGCAAUUUUUUCAUAUUUGCAGUAUGUGAAAAAAUUUAUGCUAGACCACACGUUAUUCGUGUUCAUAGUUCAAUAUUAUGUAUGUCAACCUUGUGUUAAAACAUUUUUUGUCACAUCUAACGGCCGAGUGGCGCUAGAACCUAGAGGACUUGAGACUGGUACUGGCUAGACAUUGUGUCCUUGGGAAGGGCACUUUUCACUCCACCCAGGUGUUAAAUGGUCUAGGUACCUGCCUGUGAUGGGCUUCGCCUUCCAAUACUGUGCCCUACACACAGUGGAUGACAACCCUCUAUAGCCUCAAAAUAGGCUGUGGGCUUCCUUUACCUCUGCCUCUUACAAUUGUACGUGUAAAAUACUAGACUACUGUUAUUAUGUAAGGCCACUCACCCCUUAUAUCCUCUUCUUGAGUAUUUUGAUAUUCAUAUUACUGUAUCAUGUGUGCAUCAUUUUCUCUCCAGGUCUAUCUUAAAACAUGUAUCUAGGGAUUGUACAGUAAACUAGCCUGUUAUCCAUCCUUAUUAUAGCUGUCGGUCUCUUGUUGUCUUCUCCACAACUAUGAGAAAUGGAUCCCAAGCUACUUGUACUUGGAAACUAAAGCCAUGACUGCCAUAGUUGUCCUUCUGGGUACCUUUUGUUAUGCCUUGACACAAAUAAAGAUAACGUACGAUGCUUGAUUCCAACA